UCUAGCCAGUAAAAUGGGAAUCAUAGCAACAUUCCGGUCAUGGGCAGGUAUUAUUAAUUUAUGUAAACCUGGAAACUCUGGGAUUCAGUCUCUAAUUGGAGUACUUUGCAUUCCAAAUAUGGAAAUAAGGCGAGGUCUCCUUGAAGUGCUUUAUGAUAUAUUUCGUCUUCCUCUACCUGUUGUGACUGAGGAGUUCAUAGAAGCACUGCUCAGUGUAGAUCCAGGUAGAUUCCAAGACAGUUGGAGGCUUUCAGAUGGCUUUGUAGCAGCUGAGGCAAAAACUAUUCUUCCUCAUCGUGCCAGAUCCAGGCCAGACCUCAUGGAUAAUUAUUUGGCACUGAUACUCUCAGCAUUUAUUCGUAAUGGACUUUUAGAAGGUUUGGUUGAGGUAAUAACAAACAGUGAUGACCAUAUCUCAGUUAGAGCCACCAUCCUUUUAGGAGAACUUUUACAUAUGGCAAACACAAUUCUUCCUCAUUCACAUAGCCAUCAUUUGCACUGCCUGCCAACCCUAAUGAAUAUGGCUGCAUCCUUUGAUAUCCCUAAGGAAAAGAGAUUGCGAGCCAGUGCAGCUUUGAACUGUUUAAAACGCUUCCAUGAAAUGAAAAAACGAGGACCUAAACCUUAUAGCCUUCAUUUAGAUCACAUUAUUCAGAAAGCAAUUGCAACACAUCAGAAACGGGAUCAGUAUCUCCGAGCCCAGAAAGAUAUAUUUGUUCUUAAGGAUACAGAGGAAGCUCUUCUAAUGAACCUUAGAGAUAGCCAAGUCCUUCAACAUAAAGAGAAUCUUGAAUGGAAUUGGAAUCUUAUUGGGACCAUUCUUAAGUGGCCAAAUGUAAAUCUAAGAAACUAUAAAGAUGAACAGUUGCACAGGUUUGUACGAAGACUACUUUAUUUUUACAAGCCCAGUAGUAAGUUAUACGCCAAUCUGGAUCUGGAUUUUGCCAAGUCCAAACAGCUCACAGUUGUGGGUUGUCAGUUUACAGAAUUUCUUCUUGAGUCUGAAGAGGAUGGGCAGGGAUACUUAGAAGAUCUAGUAAAGGAUAUUGUUCAGUGGCUCAAUGCCUCUUCUGGAAUGAAACCUGAAAGAAGCCUUCAAAAUAAUGGUUUAUUGACUACUCUUAGUCAACACUACUUUUUAUUUAUUGGAACACUUUCUUGCCACCCUCAUGGCGUCAAAAUGCUGGAAAAAUGCAGCGUAUUUCAAUGUUUACUUAACCUUUGCUCCUUGAAAAACCAAGAUCACUUGCUAAAACUGACUGUUUCAAGCUUGGACUAUAGCAGAGAUGGUUUGGCCAGGGUCAUCCUUUCCAAAAUCUUAACAGCAGCCACUGAUGCCUGCAGACUGUAUGCAACAAAACAUUUGAGAGUAUUAUUGAGAGCUAAUGUUGAAUUCUUCAAUAAUUGGGGAAUUGAAUUACUAGUGACCCAGCUGCAUGAUAAAAACAAAACGAUUUCUUCUGAGGCCCUUGAUAUUCUCGAUGAAGCAUGUGAAGAUAAGGCCAAUCUUCAUGCACUUAUUCAGAUGAAGCCAGCUUUAUCUCACCUUGGGGACAAGGGUUUGCUUCUCCUCCUGAGAUUUCUCUCCAUUCCAAAAGGGUUUUCCUAUUUGAAUGAAAGGGGUUAUGUAACAAAACAGUUGGAAAAGUGGCACAAGGAAUAUAAUUCAAAAUACGUUGACUUGAUUGAAGAACAGCUUAAUGAAGCACUUACCACUUACCGGAAGCCAAUUGAUGGUGACAACUAUGUUCGUCGGAGUAACCAAAGAUUACAGCGUCCUCAUGUCUACCUACCUGUACAUCUUUAUGGACAACUGGUACACCACAAAACAGGAUGUCAUUUAUUGGAAGUACAGAAUAUUAUUACAGAACUCUGUCAUAAUGUUCGUACACCAGAUUUGGAUAAAUGGGAAGAAAUUAAAAAACUGAAAGCAUCUCUUUGGGCCUUGGGAAAUAUUGGCUCAUCUAAUUGGGGUCUCAAUUUGCUACAAGAAGAAAAUGUGAUUCCAGAUAUACUGAAACUUGCAAAACAGUGUGAAGUUCUUUCAGUCAGAGGGACCUGUGUAUAUGUUCUUGGGCUCAUAGCCAAAACCAAGCAAGGCUGUGAUAUUCUAAAAUGUCACAAUUGGGAUGCUGUAAGGCACAGUCGUAAACAUUUGUGGCCAGUGGUCCCAGAUGAUGUAGAACAACUCUGUAAUGAACUCUCAUCUGUCCCAAGCACCCUAAGUUUGAACUCGGAGUCAACAAGCUCUAGGCAUAAUAGUGAAAGUGAAUCUGCACCAUCAAGCAUGUUCAUCAUGGAGGAUGACCGGUUUGGCAGCAGCUCUACUAGUACAUUUUUCCUGGACAUCAAUGAAGAUGCAGAGCCAGCAUUUUAUGACCGACCUGGACCUAUAAAGGAUAAAAAUCCAUUCCCUUUCUUUGCUUCUAGUAAACUUGUGAAGAAUCGUAUCUUAAAUUCUCUUACUUUGCCUAAUAAAAAACAUCGUAGCAGCAGUGAUCCAAAAGGAGGGAAACUGUCAUCUGAAAAUAAGACAAGCAACAGGCGGAUCAGAACGCUUACAGAGCCCAGUGUUGACUUUAAUCAUAGUGAUGAUUUCACACCCAUAUCCACAGUACAGAAAACAUUACAAUUAGAAACUUCAUUUGUUGGGAAUAAGCACAUUGAAGACACUGGUAGUACUCCAAGUAUUGGAGAGAAUGACUUAAAAUUCACCAAGAGUCUUGGUACAGAGAAUCACAGAGAAAACACAAGCCGAGAGAGAUUAGUUGUAGAAAGUUCAUCGAGCUCACAUAUGAAGAUACGUAGCCAGAGUUUUAAUACAGAUACUACAACAAGUGGCAUAAGUUCAAUGAGUUCAAGUCCUUCACGAGAGACAGUAGGUGUAGAUGCUACGACUGUGGACACAGACUGUGGAAGUAUGAGUACUGUGGUAAGUACUAAAACUGUUAAGACAAGCCACUAUUUGACGCCACAGUCUAACCAUCUCUCUCUCUCUAAAUCAAACUCAGUGUCCCUGGUGCCUCCAGGUUCUUCUCAUACACUUCCUAGAAGAGCACAGUCCCUUAAAGCACCCUCUAUUGCUACAAUUAAAAGUCUAGCAGACUGUAACUUUAGUUACACAAGUUCUAGAGAUGCCUUUGGCUACGCUACCCUGAAAAGAUUACAGCAGCAAAGAAUGCAUCCAUCCUUAUCUCAUUCUGAAGCUUUGGCAUCCCCAGCAAAAGAUGUGCUGUUUACUGAUACCAUCACCAUGAAGGCCAACAGCUUUGAGUCCAGGUUAACACCAAGCAGGUUCAUGAAAGCUUUAAGUUAUGCUUCGCUAGAUAAAGAAGAUUUAUUAAGUCCUAUUAACCAAAAUACGCUGCAGCGAUCCUCCUCCGUGAGGUCCAUGGUGUCCAGUGCAACAUACGGUAGCUCAGAUGACUAUAUUGGUCUUGCUCUUCCAGUAGAUAUCAAUGAUAUAUUCCAGGUAAAGGAUAUUCCUUAUUUUCAAACAAAAAAUAUACCUCCACAUGAUGAUCGAGGGGCAAGAGUGUUUGCCCAUGAUGCUGGAGAAAGUACGGAAGACACUGGACUACAGGAACAUACAGAUGAUAACUGCCUUUAUUGUGUCUGUAUUGAAAUUCUGGGUUUCCAGCCCAGUAACCAACUGAGUGCAAUAUGUAGUCAUUCAGACCUUCAAGACAUUCCAUAUUCUGAUUGGUGUGAGCAAACUAUCCAUAAUCCCUUAGAAGUAGUUCCCUCGAAAUUUUCUGGCAUUUCUGGAUGCAGUGAUGGAGUGUCUCAAGAAGGCUCAGCCAGCAGCACCAAAAGUACAGAAUUGCUACUAGGGGUUAAAACAAUUCCAGAUGAUACACCAAUGUGCCGUAUACUCCUUCGCAAAGAAGUUCUGAGAUUAGUCAUUAAUUUGAGUAGUUCAGUUUCAACUAAAUGUCAUGAAACUGGGCUUUUAACAAUUAAAGAGAAGUAUCCUCAAACAUUUGAUGACAUAUGCCUUUACUCUGAGGUUUCCCAUUUGCUGUCACACUGCACAUUUAGACUUCCAUGUCGGAGGUUCAUACAAGAAUUAUUUCAGGAUGUACAGUUUUUACAAAUGCAUGAAGAAGCAGAGGCUGUCUUGGCAACACCACCAAAGCAACCUAUAGUUGAUACAUCUGCUGAAUCCUGA